CUCUGAUCAGCCCUAAAGUGGGCGUAUACUUGAAAGUUAGUUUAAUAAUAAAACUGCAUUUUAUUUUCUCUUUUGUAUGAAAAGUUUCACCAACCAUGUCUGACCACUUAAAGAAAUAUUUAACUACACAGCUUGAGCUAUUGGACGAGUCAAGUUUUCAUCUAUGGAGUAACAUCAGUGAUUUUGUACAGCAGAUAAAAACCAGAGCGAAUGAAUGUGUAGAUAACAUUCCUGACUCCAAUAAAGCAGUGAAAGAUGCAAUCGCUAUGGUAACAACUGCACAGAGUAGAAUAAUAGAACACACAGAUAUGUUUACGGAUGAAUAUAAUCCAGAAACAUCUAGAAGACUAAAGGAUUUUGAAACAGUGUUAUCAUCCCUUCAAGACACCAAACAAAAGACUGAAGAUGACAUAUCAGAAAUAAAACAAUGGAGAGACAACUUUGUAACAGAACACAGUGAUCUGGGGAUCAAAGUUCACAACUUCACUAAGAAACAAAAACAGAAUUUUAAAAACUUAAGAAAACAAUUAAUAGAACAAGAUAACAAAAUAGAAGAGCUGACCAAACAAAUUGAAAGUUUAAAAACAAAAGAAUCAGACACAGACAAAACACUGGAGAAACUGUCUCUAGAUAUGAAAGAAUAUGAAAACAACCUGCACACACUAAAUAAAGAGAUGAGAGUUUACACAAAUAAAACAGAUCAUGUUACACAAGAAAUUAAAAAUCAUUCUGAUUUGAUAUCUGCUAUAAAAGUAGAUAAAAACAAAAAAUUUGAAACAUUAUUGUCUAAGCAUGUUGUGUUGUGUAAACUUCUACAACAAAGAUUGAUGCCAAUUGACAAAAUGAUUGAAACAUAUAAUCAAAACUCUGAGACUACAGAAGGGAAAAUAAAGAAGAUUGAAAAAGAAGUUUUAAAGUUGUCAAAUGACGUUCUAUCAAUUGCCAAUCAACGAAUAAAACAUUCUACUCUGGGGUUUGUUGCUUCACAAGGUCGCUGGGACGGGACAAACCGUGAAUUAUACACAGUUAUUACAUUCAACAGUGUAGAACGUAACGUAGGAAACCAUUUUAAUCCAAACACUGGAGAGUUUACCGCCCCUGUUGAUGGUCUAUACAAAGCAAAACUUACAAUAAAACAAACAGGAGAUAAAAUUGUGGGGGCUGGCAUUAAGCACAUGUCUGAUGGCGUGGAGUCAUGGCUCGGUAGUGUUGGGACUAAAGAUAAAUAUGUUGAAGCUUCAAAAACAUUUGCAGUUCGGUUGAAAUUUGGAGAUAUUUUAUAUUCAUACACUGGCUAUGAGGAUUGUGAAUGUACACAUUUUUCUUGUUCGCUACUUACCGUCUAA